UUCAGGUUCUCUCUGUCAAACAUGGGCAAAAAGAAAGCAGCUAAUCAAGGCCCCACGCAACAGCAUUUGCAGGCAUACCAGCGAAUGAACUUUUUACAUCAAGCAUCAAUCCUCAUGUCUACUACAUUCACAACGCUGCCGAAUAAGAAUUCGAAAUCCACUGAAAAACAGCAUCAGCAGCAAUCACUUGCGCCUCUCGGCCGAUAUUACAACAACAAUAUGAAAAAAAUUGGCAGAAAGCUUGUAUUGCGAUCUGACCCGAGUGUAAAACGGGCCAUUUGUAAACGAUGUGACACAGCAUUGAUACCAGCCUUGACAGCCUCAGUGCGAACCCGAGGUACACCGACUGCCGUAGUGACAACGUGCAAAACAUGCGGUACCCAGAAACGAUUGGUUGCGAAUCCCAAGCAUCAGCUUUUCAAUGACAAGACAGAGAACAUUUUACCUACCUCACAAACAGAACCAUAAUUAAUCUUUCAUCUCAUAAGCGCACUAUCACCUGUGCCAACUAACUAUGCCCUAUUCAUAUCCCUCUCUUUCCCUUCCAUUACCAUAUAAUCAUCAUCAUCACCAUAAUUGCUGUAGAUACUUCUGUUUGAUCAUUCUGUACCUGUCUAUCAUAGUAAAAACAAUCGCUCCGCAUCAUUAUACUUUACAGCAUAUACACUACUGCAAAAACAAUG